AAAAAAAAAUGGUAGUAUUGUAAAAAUAUUUUAAAAAUGUGUUUAGGUCUAAUAUAUCGUUAAAUUUUCCAUCACUUUCCCGAGAUUCUGUGGUGGAAUUCUGGAAUUGAAAUAAAGCCAGCGAAUUGCGGCAGAGGAAGGUGGAGAUAAUAUUUGCUUAUGUAGCCAUGGAAGGUAGAAUUUUUUCGAGGCUUUGAAAGUUGGUGGUUCUUUCUGAUUUUUGAUUAAGCAUUUAUUUUCUCAUCCAAUUUAAGCUAUAUCCAGCUUCAAUUACAUACCUUGGAAAGGAGCCCUUUUGAAAUCAAUGCUAAAAUGCUCGACAUGUUACAGAAAUUAUCUAUGCAAAUCGUUUCGAAAGGGUCUAGAGAAGCUUAUAAGUUUCUCUUCAGUUCUUCCAUGUAAGUUAUCAACUCCUCCUCUUCAGUUUUGCUCCUUUUCUGUUAUUGCAAUUCCACUGAACAAAGCUUCCGAGAAGACCCUUCGUCUAGAUAAUGAUGAUGGAAUCGAGCUUCCUUUAUCUGGGGAAGUUUUCAGAGCAAGUCCCAAAUUGGGUUCCUAUAAAUUGGGGGAUUCCACAUUUUAUUCACUCAUCCAAAACUAUGCGAAUAUGGCCGAUUUUAGGUCCAUGGAAAAGGUUUUGGAUCAGAUUAAACGUGAAAAGCGGGUUUUGACUGAGAAGUGUUUUGUUACAAUUUUUAGGGCUUAUGGGAAAGCACAUUUUCCUGAGAAGGCUGUUAAGUUUUUUGAUACAAUGGUUGAUGAGUACCAAUGUAAGCGAACUGUUAUAUCUUUCAAUUCGGUUCUUAAUGUUAUCAUACAAGAAUGUGACUAUUCUCGUGCUUUGGCAUUCUAUUCUGAUGUUGUUGCUGCUAAGAAUAUGAAUAUUUCUCCAAAUGUUUUGACCUUCAAUCUUGUUAUCAAGGCCAUGUGUAAGUUGGGAUUGGUUGAUAAAGCAAUUGAAGUGUUUAGAGAAAUUCCCCUUAGGGGCUGCAUUCCUGAUGUGUUUACAUAUUCUACUUUAAUGGAUGGGUUGUGCAAAGAGAAUAGGAUUGAUGAAGCAGUUUCUUUGUUAGAUGAGAUGCAAAUAGAAGGGUGUUUUCCUAGCCCUGUGACAUAUAAUGUGUUGAUUAGUGCCUUAUGCAAGAGUGGGGAUCUAGCCCGUGCAGCGAAGCUCGUUGAUAAUAUGUUUCUCAAAGGUUGUGUUCCGAGUGAAGCUACUUAUAACACCCUUAUCCAUGGUUUGUGUCUCAAGGGUAAGCUGGAGAAGGCUGUUAGCCUUCUAGAUCGCAUGGUGAUGAAUAAAUGCAUGCCUAAUGAUAUUACUUACGGGACGAUUAUCAACGGGCUUGUUAAGCAUAGAAGAGUUGCUGAUGGAGUUAAGCUAUUGAAUUCUAUUGAGGAAAGAGGGCAUCAUGCUAAUGAGCACAUUUAUUCUUCUCUUAUCAGUGGAUUGUUUAAGGAGCGUAAAUAUGAAGAGGCAAUGACAUUGUGGAAGGGUAUGUUGGAAAAAGGGCGCAAACCCAACACUGUAGUAUUUAGUGCUCUGAUAUAUGGCCUGUGUCGACAAAGGAAGCUAGAUAAAGCAGAGGAAGUUCUUGCAGAAAUGGUAGAUAGUGGUUUCAAGCCCAAUUACUAUAUUUACAGCUCCUUAAUGAAGGGUUUCUUCGAGACAGGCCAAAGCCAUAAAGCAAUUCUUUUGUGGAAAGAAAUGGGAAGUAAUAAUUUUUCUGGUAAUGAAUUUUGUUACAGUGUACUAAUUCAUGGUUUGUGUGAGCAUGGGAAACUCGGAGAGGCGUUGAUGGUGUGGAAACACAUGUUUAGCAGAGGGUUCAAACCUGAUGUUGUGGCUUACAGUUCAAUGAUUCAUGGCCUCUGCAACAAUGGAUUGGUGGAGCAGGGCUUCAAGCUUUUCAAUGAAAUGCUUUGUGAAGAGCCCCAUUCUCAACCAGAUGUAGUUACUUAUAACAUACUCCUGAAUGCUUUCAGCAAGAAUGGAAGCAUCUCCCGGGUUAUUGAUCUUUUAAAUAGUAUGUUGGAUCAAGGAUGUGAUCCUGACUUAUUUACAUGCAAUAUAUUAUUGAGAAGUUUAAGAGAAAAUCUACAACCACCUCAAGAUGGGGGUGGGUUCCUAGAUGAGCUCGUCGUUCGAUUGUUGAAGAGGGAAAAGAUUAAAGGUGCUUCCACAAUUAUAGAAGUAAUGAUACGAAAGUUUCUGCCACCAAAACCCUCCACUUGGGCAAGAGUUCUCCAACAACUUUGCAAGCCUCAAAAGAUUCAAAUAGCAAUUGGCAGAUGUCAAAGCAGCCUCUAUAGCUGAAAUAUGUAAGACAUACUUUCCUAUGUGAAAUUUUGGACUAGUAUUCUACCCAACAUACUCAAUUUGCAGUUGUACUUAAUUCUUUCUGAGUAGGCUGGUAUGACUAUUUAACCAUAACUUUUGUUCUUCAGUCAGAAGAGGAAUACAGUUUGGUUCUCUAUAUGUGAAAUUUUAAUGUAAGAGUAAGACAUACUUUCUAUUCUCA